GGUGAGAGAGGGAGUCAGAGCCUGGGAGAGUGAGCGCGAGAGAGGAUGCACAGAGAGAGAGAGUUGGAUGAAAUCAAUGCAACAGAGGAGGCCGAUUAAAAGAGAAAGUAAGAAGAAGAAGAAGAAGAGAGAGAGACAGUGUGCGUGUGUCAGUGUGUGUGUGUGUGUCGUGCAGCGCUGUGCUGGUCCGCUCGGUGAUCUGUCUCCAUCUGGGUGCCAUCUGCGUCCCUGGCUCUGGCCUCGCCGCCGCACUGGAGCUCACAUAUGUGGGAAUGCAAACACAUGCCUGACAUAUGAAGGCGUGGAGUCAGAGAGAGAGAGAGAGAGAGAGAGAGAGAGACACACACAACCGGGCAAAAAGGAUAAGAGAGCCACAGCACCACUCCGCAGCUGACUUCCUCCACGGACUCACGAGUGGACUCUACUAGAGAGAAGACAGUAGAGAGAAGAAGAGCCCUGCCAUGCCCGGUUCUCCUGUGGAUGCUAAGACUCAUUCCAGAUCAGCCCCCAGCAGCAUCAGCAGCCUCACGAUGCCCCCCCUGCCCUCUGUCAACCCCAGCGGCCCUCGACCGGCCUCUUUUUCCACCACAGCAUUGACCAACGGGAAUCAUCAUCAUCAUUCCCCCCCGACCUUGAACGCAGUGCCCUCUCCGCCUCAGCGCUACAGCAACGGGCCUUCCUCCUCCUCGUCCUCGUCGCUAGCCAACCAGCAGCUGCCCGCCACCUGUGGGGCUCGCCAGCUGAGCAAGCUGAAGCGUUUCCUGACCACGCUGCAGCAGUUUGGCAACGACAUCUCCCCCGAGAUCGGAGACAGCGUCCGGAGCCUAGUGCUGGCCCUGGUGAAUUCCACAGUUACCAUUGAAGAGUUUCACUCACGACUCCAGGAGGCCACCAACUUCCCCCUACGGCCUUUCGUUAUUCCUUUCCUCAAGGCAAACCUGCCCCUGCUGCAGAGGGAGCUGCUCCACUGCGCACGGGCCGCCAAGCAAACCCCAGCCCAGUACCUGUCCCAGCACGAGCACCUCCUGCUCAGCACCACCCUCGCCUCCUCUCCGGACUCCUCCGAGCUGCUGAUGGAGCCUCCUGAUGCUGCCAUGAAGAGACACAGCCCCAGCAGGGCGAAAGAGAACGGUUUCCACGAACGUCCACCCGUAGCCAUGGAGCCCGCGGCGAAACGGAUUUGCACCAUCAGCCCCGCUCCCCGACACAGCCCCGCCCACCCGAUGCCCCUCAACUCCCAGCUCCACCCGACCCCCCCUCCCCUGCAGCACUACGCCCUGGACGACAUCGCAGCGCCGCACAUCCUCCACCGCGAGCACAGCCAGCGCCUGCUGGAGAUCCGAGAGCUCAAAGACAGACCCAGACUCCCUGCUUGUUUCUACUGCCCCCAAGUGGCCAGAGAAAUAUGCUGCUGGAACUGUGGACGCAAGGCGAGCGAGACGUGCAGCGGCUGCAACGCGGCUCGGUACUGCGGCUCCUUCUGCCAGCACAAAGACUGGGAGAGGCACCACGUCAUCUGCAGCCCGGGACUUCAGGCUCAGCCCAAAUCCGUUUCUGCCAUCACAGCGAGCCGGGUGGCCGCGGCAGCCUCAGCAGCAGCGGCAGCCGCCAGGGGGUCCCCCGCUGGCCUGGCCGGGGUUAAGGCCUCCGACAGCGCGCCAUCGGCCUCCAGUCCCGGUGACGAGAAGACCUCGGUCCUUUCUCGCUCCUCCACCCCCUCCACCCCCGCCUCAGGCCCCGAGGCGAACGGACAUUAGAGGGCGGGAGGACGUCAGUGGUCAACUCGUCACCGAUCCUCUUCCUCAGACGGGGAGGAGUUGAAUCGGCACAUUGUGGGAGCUGCAUGUGGGUUAAGUCAGGAUAACAGGUUGCUCAUCAUAAUCUUUGGCAGAUAGAACUGGGACAGAUUAUGGAUGACUGUUGUGGGUGCUGUGUCAACUGGGACGCAGGCGUUUGGCAAAGGACAGACGGACUCGUCUCAAACGCAUCCAUUGGAAAACAGAUCCUCUCCUGACAGAUGGAAACUGCUUUGUCCAAAAACCCCUGAAUCUUGGCCGGUCGAGAGGAGGGAAAGACUGUCGACAGAUCUCACUUCAUCUCCGGCUGCGUGGAGGAAGUUAUGAAAAGAGACAAGACAGAGAAAGACGCCCUCCCCCUCAGCUGAUAUCCUCACGUUGUUGUGUAUAGAUUUUAAUAUUGGGAGGUGGUGGUGUUCAAUGUAAACAGUUUAAUAGUACCACCCAUAAAGCACCGGCCCUCCUCCUGUAGGAGAAACCCCACAGCAGAGGACACGACUCCGUCUCUGCAGCUCUCCUGUACACGUAAAACAUUUGCUCGCCAGGUUUUGUCUUGUUCGUGUCAAAUGGUCGUGCCGUCAGUGAUUAUUGUAAAUCCUACGAUUUCCGUUCCGUCAAAGCAAUAUAAAAAAAAGUGUUCGGGUAUCACAGCGCCGUUUCUGCAUCACCAAAGUUUCCUGUCACUAAAGAGAGAGAGUCGUGGUCAUUGCCUGUAAAUGCCUUCGUGAACAACAGAUAAUUAUACACGUGUUCAAUGAGCUGGAGUGGGAACUGUUUUUCAUUCCUGAUCAGCAGACAUCGUCCCAGAGGUGAAGGUGAAGGUGGAUGUGAUGGUUCAGGACAGAAACACCCAGUUUGGACUUGGUUCUUGUUGCAGUUUCACUUUGGCACUUGUUCACGUCGUCGGCCGUGUGACGACGGGUUCAGACGUCGCUGCAAAUCCUCCUCCGCCACCGCCGCAAUGUUCCAUCAGACAUUUGUAAAGAAAAACACUCGCUGGCGUGGCGGUGCUGGGUUUAGAGCGGCGACGCCGUCCCACAGAGAAUCUCAGGAGCUAAGCUGUAUGUGUGUGUGUGUGUACAGAUCAUUCUUUGUUUUCUUUUCUUUUGUCACAGUUAGAUUUAAAGUCAAACGUUUAGUGCAGAGCUUUGAUGUAUCGUAUUCUACUGUCACAGCUGAGACGUCGUGAUGACUUUGUAAAGAAUAUUAUGAGAGAAUGCCUUUUAUUUUGUGAGCCACGAUUUCUUUUUUCCCCCCUUUGUCCUUCAAACACGUUUCUUUUGUUAUGAGGCAUAAACACCUUCAUAUGAAAAACAAAACUAUCAUAAAAUGAAGUAUGAAAUAAAGAAAUAGAAUGUU